AUGUCAGAUAGUGAGCUGAAACGUAAGGUAGAAGACUUGAAAGAGGGCAAUGAGGUAUUGGCUCUGGCUAUUCAAAGAACGAGGCUCUCCGUGAAGAGAUUGAAAUUAGAGUACAGCGUUCUCCUCGAGAGGCUGGAGUCGAGAGUUGAACUUGAUCCAGAGCUGCGCUAUGAAAACCCUUUACCCACGUUAGAAUCUUUCAAAGAUGAACUUAUGACAAAGCCAUUAAAGAAACCAAAGAGCAAGAGACGAAAAGCUAAGGAUAGAGAUCCUAACAUGCCCAAGAGACCAACCAAUGCGUACCUACUAUUCUGUGAGAUGAAUAAGGAGAAGAUGAGAGAAAAUGGCUCUCAGGAUGUUUCGAGAGACUUAACUGAAGCCUGGAAGUCUUUGAACGAAAAUGACAGGAAACCGUACUAUGGCCUCUAUAAUCAAGAUCGACUAAGGUAUCAGAGAGAGAUGGAGUUAUAUGCAAUGAAAGUAGACCGGAACAAUGACGAUGAAGAAGAAGUUGAUGAAUCGCUUGUAGCUCGAGAAAGAAAACCUCACAAUGAGGACGAGGAAGAAGAAGACGAAGAAGAUGAGGAAGAGGAAGAUGAAGAAGAGACUGAACCUAAGCCGGAGUCUCAAAUGACUCAGCAUGGAGAUGAUGAAGAAGAGGAGGACGACGAUGAAGAUGACAUAGCCGAUGUGCCCACUAGUGAGGUUUAG